AUGACCGAUAAAACCGAAUCCAAUCCCGGAAUAGAGCUGCAAAAUCAAAGCGAGCGUGAAGCACAGCCAGACACAGUAACCGCCAAAGCCGAAUCGGACCGGAAAUGGAACCUCGACCCGAUCCAGCGGGCGAUGGGCCAGCUCGGUUGGUGGCACAUACUCGUGUGUGCCGUCAUCUUUCCGCUAAAGUUCCCGGUAGCGUGGCAUCAGAUGAGCAUCAUCUUCCUCGGACCGUCCGUUAAAUAUACGUGCGAUUCUGAUCCAUCGGUCGAUAAAUGCGAUGCGGCCUGUACGAGCUGGAGCUACGAUAACAGCACCUUCGCAACGACCAUCACGAGCGAGUGGGAUCUGGUGUGUGGCAAUGCGAAUUUGGUCAAACUAUCGCAAACCAUCUUCAUGUUCGGCAUUCUGGUUGGUGGCGUCGUGUUCGGAUCCCUUGCAGACAAAUAUGGCCGAAGACCACCGCUAGUGAUCGCGGUCAUCAUUCAGCUCGUGACGGGAGUUGGUGCCGCCGUCAUCGGUUCGUUCUGGAUAUUCGUAGUGCUCCGAUUCCUCACAGCUGUCGCCACUGGAGGCACGAUGGUGACUAGCUUCGUGCUUGUGAUGGAGAUCAUUGGCCCCAAGUGGCGUGAGCUGUUCUCCGUACUCUACCAGAUCCCGUUCAAUCUGGGCCAUCUGACAUUGGCCGGGUUCGCUUACUAUCUGCGCGAAUGGCGCCAGCUGCAGUUCGCACUAUCGAUCUUCUCCGUGCUGAUGUUGUCCUACUACUGGUUGGUACCGGAAUCACCCCGCUACCUGUUCACCUCCGGGAAUGUGGACGGUGCUGUAACGGUACUGGAGCAAGCGGCCAAACGCAACCACCUGCAGACGGACACGAUCCGCAACGAUAUCGAGCAGUACGCGAAGGAAAAGUCACGCAAUGCGCCCGCCAACGCGUCAAAGGGCAACGUGCUAGAUCUGUUCCGUACGCCGAACAUGCGUGCCAAGACCCUGUACAUGUGUUUCAACUGGUUCGUCUGUGGGCUGGCGUUCUUCGGUGUGGCACAGUACAUCGGCCAUGCGGGUGGUGACAUCUACACGAACGUCGCGAUCAGUGCGGCCCUCGAGCUGCCCGGCACGCUGCUCUGCAUCUACAUGAUGAAGGCGUACGGCCGUAAGAAGACGCUCAUCUUUUCCAACACCCUGGCCGGCAUCUCGAUGCUGGCGAUCGCAUUUGUACCCAGCUCGGCAAGCACGUUAAACGUGGGCCUGGCAUCAGUUGGGCUGGUCGGCAUGAGUAUCAGCUUCCCCACCGUGUACCUUUAUGCGGGUGAGCUGUUCCCGACCGUGGUGCGUAACGUCGGUAUCGGUACGGCUUCGAUGAUUGCCCGGUUCGGAUCGAUGAUUGCCCCGUUCGUGGCGGGUAUGGGCUCGAUCGCCUACUGGUUGCCACCGUGCAUCUUCGGUCUGGUGCCGCUUGUCGGAGCGUUCUGCGUAUUUUUCCUACCCGAAACGCAAGGUCAUCCACUGCCGGAGACGCUGGAGGAUGGAGAAAACUUUGGCAAACGUGUGACGAGCGCGGAUAACAACGGCACGGCGAGUGUAGAGAAUGGAAAGCACUAG